AUGGUAGUAGUAGAUAACUUUAGUAAGUACACUUUAUUGUUUCCUUUGAGAGCUGCGACAGCAAAAUCUGUCGCUAAACAUCUUGAAGAAGAUGUAUUCCUGAUUUAUGGCGUUCCAGAUUUUGUAAUUUUUGAUAAUGGAUCUGAGUUCAUAGGCCCGCCUAUCCGUAACUUAAUGCAGGAAUACAAAGCUAAGACAAUAUUUACACCUAGACAUCACCCUCAAGCCAACCCUACAGAAAGGAUUAACCGCACUAUUGGGAAUAUGUUGAGGUCUUAUGUAAAGGAAAACCAUCGACAUUGGGAUGCCAAGAUAAGUCAGAUUGGAUGUGCUUUAAGAACUGGGGUGAAUGAAGCCACAGGAUUCUCACCAGUCUUCCUCAUGUUUGGUCGUGAGAUUGCCUUAGCUGGAGAGGGAUCAGGAAAUCUUCAUGAAGAGGAUUUGCCUCGAUGUGCUGAUGUUGAUCUUCACCAACAAAGACUUAGACGUCUAAGGGAAGUUUUCAUAGAAGUUAAGAGCCGGAUGAGGAAAGCUUUUGAAAAGAACACAGAGAAAUACAAUCUGCGGAGGAGAGAACAACAGUUUCAGGAGGGACAGCGAGUCUGGAAAAGGAACUUCGCCCUAUCUGAUGCAGCAUCCUUCAAGUCAGCCAAAUUAUUUCCAAAAUUUGUUGGCCCUUUUAUAAUUAAAAAGAAGUUAUCUUCCGGAACCUACACUCUUCAGACAACAGAAGGAAAGGAUAUCGGGAACUGGCACACUGCGGACUUGAAGCCAUACCUGGACUAG